CUCGGAUGGAGUGAAAGUGUUUCUCUCGAACACUUCAUUUGUUUCUGCUGGAAAAAACAAAUAAACUUUAACUCCAGACAGAAACGGUGAUAUUAAUGUCACACAACAAGGACUGCUGAGUAAAAGAGUGUAAUUUAUUCCAGCAGUAGAGAUCAGCAUCUUCAGGAUUCAGCAGUGUGUCUAUGAGCUCUCUGUACAUACACUAAUAUUCAAACAUGGAGAGCCCUGAUCUGAAGACAGAGAAUGAGGCCCCGCCCUCAGAAAAGCAUAAACUUAAGAGAAAGAGAUCAGACUCACCAGAACCCAGCUGUGUCUCCAUGAAGAGUGAUGAGUCUAUGGAUCCUCUUUUGGACCUUAAACAUGGAGACUCCACAUCUGUACACAGUAAACUCAAGAGAAAGAGAUCAGACUCACCAGAACCCAGCUGUGUCUUCAUGAAGAGUGAUCGCUCUAUGGAUUUUUCUUUAACCUUUCAACAUGGAGUCUCCUCAUCUGUACACAGUAAACUCCAGAUAAAGAGAUUAGACUCACUAGAACCCAGCUGUGUCUCCAUGAAGAGUGAUGGGUCUAUAGAUCUUCCUGCAACUGUUAAAUAUGGAGUUUCCUCAUCUGUACACAGACACGACUUGGAAUCUGCUGCUGUAAAUGAAUUUCAGAAAAACUUCAGAUUAAAUCUGAAGAAGAAGUUUGAGUGUUUAAAUGACGUGAUAAUAAAUCAGGAAAACCGUACACUCCUGAAUGAGAUCUACACAGAGCUCUACAUCACAGAGGGAGACAGUGGAGACGUCAAUAAAGAACAUGAGGUGAGACAGAUCGAGGCAGCACCCAGGAGAACAAUAACAGGGGAAACACCAAUCAAAUGCACUGACAUCUUCAAGACCUUAUCUGAUCAAGACAAACCUAUCAGAACUGUGCUGACAAAGGGAGUCGCUGGCAUCGGAAAAACUGUCUCUGUGCAGAAGUUCAUUCUGGACUGGGCUAAAGGGAAAACAAAUCAGGACGUCCCCCUCAUAUUUCCACUUCCUUUUAGAGAGCUGAAUCUUAUGAAUGACCAAAAACUGAGUCUUAUGGAGCUCCUUCAUGUCUGUUUUAAGGAAACAAAAGAAACAGAAAUGUCCAGUUUGGAAAAGGUUCUGUUCAUUUUUGAUGGAUUGGACGAGUGUCGUUUUCCUCUAGAUUUCCAGAACACAGUGAGUGUGUGUGAUGUAACUGAAUCAGCAUUAGUGCCUGUGCUGCUGAUAAACCUGAUCAAAGGGAAUCUGCUUCCCUCUGCUCUAAUCUGGAUCACCUCCCGACCAGCAGCAGCUGAUCAAAUCCCCUCAGAGUGUGUCGAUCGGGUCACAGAGGUACGAGGGUUCAAUGACCCACAGAAGGAGGAGUACUUCAGGAAGAGGAUCAGUGAUCAGAGCCUGGCCAAUGACAUCAUCACACACCUGAAGUCAUUAAGAAGCCUCUACAUCAUGUGUCACAUUCCAGUCUUCUGCUGGAUUUCAGCCGCUGUUCUAGAGAGAAUGUUUGGUGAAGCAGAGAGUGGAGAGAUCCCCAAGACUCUGACUCAAAUGUACACACACUUCCUUAUCAUUCAGAUAAACAUCAUUAGAGAAAAGUACUCAGAAAAGCAGGAGAGUGAUGAAGAAAUGCUUCUUAAACUGGGACUACUGGCUUUUGAGCAGCUGGAGAAACACAACCUGAUCUUCUAUGAUGAAGACCUGAGAGAGUGUGGCAUUGAUGUGAGAGAAGCAGCAGUGUACUCAGGUGUGUGUACGCAGAUCUUCAGAGAGGAGUUUGGCCUUCACCAGAAUAAAGUGUACUGCUUUGUGCAUCUGAGUAUUCAGGAGCAUCUCGCAGCUCUGUAUGUGCACCUGACAUCCAUGAGGGAAAAGAGAAAUGUUCUUCAACAGAGUCAGUCCUUUACUACAAUCUCAGAUGUCCACAGGAGUGCUGUAGAUCAGGCCUUAGACAGUAAGACUGGACAUCUGGAUCUUUUCCUUCGCUUUCUUCUGGGUCUCUCACUGGAGUCCAAUCAGAAACUCUUACAUGACUUAGUAACACACACAGGAAGUAGUUCCCAGAGCAAAGAGGAAACAGUUCAGUACAUUAAGGAGAUGAUCAGUAAAGAAGGUGAACAUACUGCAGAUAAAUCCAUCAAUCUGUUCCACUGUCUGAAUGAACUGGGUGAUGAUUCUCUAGUGGAGGAAAUCCAACACUACCUGAAAUCUGGAAAACAAAGUGAACUCUCUCCUUCACAGUGGUCUGCUCUGGUGUUUGUGUUACUGACAUCAGCAGAGGAUCUGGAGGAAUUUGACCUGAAUAAAUAUAUCAGUCCAGAGAAGAUAACAGAUGAGGUUCUUGUGAGGGUGAUGCCUGUGAUUGCAGAAUCCAGAAAAGCAAUUAUCAGGUGUAAUACAAUUAAAGAGAGAAGUGGUGAAGCUCUGGUCUCAGUGCUCAACUCAGAAACCUCCAAUCUGAAAGAACUGCAUCUGACUGUGAAGACACUGGACCUCUCUCGGUAUAAACUAACAGACUCAGGAGUGAAGCGUCUCUCUGCUGUACUGGAGAAUCCUCACUGUAAAGUGGAGACACUGUGGUUGGAGUCGUGUGGUGUCUCAGAUGAAGGCUGUGCUGCUCUGACUUCAGCUCUGAGAUUAAACCCCUCACACCUGAGAGAACUGGAUCUGUCCUAUAAUAAUCUAGGAGACUCAGGAGUGAAGUGUCUCUCUGCUGUACUGGAGAAUCCUCUCUGUAAACUGGAGACACUGAGUUUAUGUAAGUGUGGUGUCUCAGAUGAAGGCUGUGCUGCUCUGACUUCAGCUCUGAGAUCAAACCCCUCACACCUGAGAGAACUGGAUCUGACCUAUAAUAAUAAUCUAGGAGACUCAGGAGUGAAGUGUGUCUCUGCUGUACUGGAGAAUCCUGACUGUAAACUGGAGACACUGAGGUUUUCUAGGUGUGGUGUCUCAGGUAAAGGCUGUGCUGCUCUGACUUCAGGUCUGAGAUCAAACCCCUCACACCUGAGAAAACUGUAUCUGUCUGAGAAUAAUCUAGGAGACUCAGGAGUGAAGUGUCUCUCUGCUGUACUGGAAAAUCCCGACUGUAAACUGGAGACACUGGGGUUGGAUGAUUGUGGUGUCUCAGAUGAAGGCUGUGCUGCUCUCGCUUCAGCUCUGAAAUCAAACCCCUCACACCUGAGACUACUGGAUCUGUAUGGGAACAAAAUAGGAGACUCAGGACGGAAGUGUCUCUCUGCCCUUAAGGACGAUGAACAUUACAAACUACAGACACUGAGAUUUGGUUCGAGAUGAACAGCGGUGUGCCGAAGAUUCACUUUUUCUUGCCUUUUUAUAUCAGCAAAUGGAAUCUUUUAAUAAUAACAUUGAACAGACUCAGAGACUUGGACAUACAUUCUUCAAUCCCAAAAAAUCCUGAAGGAUCAGCAGGUGAAAAACCACAUGGACUCGAACUGAACCCAGUGAGUGGAACAAAGAGCUUAAAUGGACAGGAACAGUUUCAGGACAUUGAUGGGAUUCUCACCUGACAGGACUGGCAUUGGGGAGUUUAUCUGAGGAAACCUGUAGGAGACUCAGUACAAGUCAUAUUUAUCACUUUGCUACUUAAUAUAGUUAAAAUCUUUUUGGUUCAGAUACAGACUGAACCCAGCAGGAACCCUAUAUGCUGUAUAAUGUUGUCAUUGAAAUACGGUGGCCCAGAAAGGCAAAUCAUCUUUCCUGUAUAUGUGUAUGUUUUUUUCCAAGUAAGUGUUUUUUUCCCUUUAAAAUGUGUGCUUUGUCUCUUAUAAAUGUUUUUUCCCUUGUAAAUGUGUGCUUUUUCCCUUAUAAAUGUGUUUUUCCCU